UCAGCGCAGACCAACUCUCUCAUCUGAUCUGCCCAGCGGCUGUGCAGGAUUACCCCAGACCACCUCGCAUCUCCUGUGACUAUAAAAUUCGCCAGGACUCUGAGACCAUGGAAGCAGCAAGAGACAAGACCCAAAGCCAUCUGGUCGAUGUGGAAGUUGGCCUGGAGGCCCACAGCGAAUCGCGGAGGCCGUGGCGGUGGGUCGGUGUGGCAAUAGCCGUGUCGCUGUGCGUCGCCGCCACCGUCCUCCUCACCGGCCACAUGCAGGGUCCAGUCCAGAGCCACGGAGAAAAUGACUUACACCUCAAACUGAGAAAUGCGGACAAAAAUGAAAAAGACGCCAUUCACUUAGAAGCCGAAUACAACACGGAUAUCUCCCCGGACUUGCGGUGGAUUAAGACCGAAAACACCGUCCAAGCCGGAGAUCUGAAGGUCGUGGACGCUAAAGAAAUCGUCAUUCCACGAACGGGGCUCUAUUUCGUCUACAGCCAGGCGUCGUUCCGCGUCAACUGCGAGGCGUCGUCAAAAUCAGAAGUCAACAAAGUGGUGCAUAUCAGCCACGCGGUGGAGCGCUACUCUCAGUCAGUCGGUAGCCAGUGGACAGGCAUGAUGGCCUCCACCCGGGCCACGUGCCGCAAGGUCCAGGGAGGACCGCACAGCGCGAGGUUCUGGCAUAACGGCAUUUACCUCGGGGCCGUCUUCAGUCUCUCGGAGGGCGACCGGCUGCGUACCUCCGACGAAGCAAAAGACCUGCCGUCUCUCGUCUGGGAGAACGGCAAGACCUUCUUCGGCGCUUUUGCCCUGUGAUCGCCGAAACUAAUUAAAGACAAAAUGAUUGGUCGUCAGAAAAAUAAUAUGGAUAAUCGUUUAAGUAAGGAUAGUGUAACAUAAUUUCUCUUGGACAGUUCGACUGAAAUGAAGCAAUUAAUAUCAGAUGAUAGUGGGACGGAAUGUAUUACAAGAAACAAAAUAUUAGAUAUCGAUACAGACACACACAGAAUAGGGGUCCACGCUAUGGAAGACUUAAUUGAACAACCUAUAACGACUUUAAUGGAAAAUGCAACGGCAAAAAAGAGUGAAAACUGACAGAUUAUUUACAUGCUAAGAGAAACAUUGCAGUGUUUCUGUCGUCGAUGUUGACUGAAGGAUCGUUUUAUAUUAAAACAAUUGUGAUCUUCCGCCAGUAGAAUGAGAACAACCGUUGAGGUUGAUCUGCUCUGUGCAAUACAGUGCACUGUAAUACAGUACACUGUAAUACAGUACACUGUAAUUUUUAAAGUGAACUUUUAUGAAGUUUAUCAGCCUUUGCUCCGUGGUUUUUCUCCCCUCGUGUGUAUGAAGCUGUUGGUCAGGUUUGUAGAUUUUCUUUGACGUUUUUGUGUCUGGUGCACGGUCACCCUCCACUUGGUGUUCCGGGUGCUUCCGUGUGCCCCCCUCAAAAUUUGAUGAAUUGGUUAAACUCCAUAAAUUGACUGUUUACAACCCUGACAAGCAGACACCCAGCUACAUGCUCUAGACAAUUUUAAAGUACUUUUGAAUGAAGCUUAUCGAUUACAUUUAAAGCAAGUUCCUCGUUCUUUGUGUAUUUUAUUGAAAGAACGUUAUAACACAGCUAAACCCCGAAGCUAGGUAGAAGCAACGGCAAGUUGUUUUGCGUGCGGCUGGUUCUGCACGGCUGUGCCUCAUAUGCACUGAAAACGGUCACAGUUUCACCAGUUGGCACACGAGUUUACAAGGGAGACCGUGAGUUUACGAAGGUCUGGUGUUCGUGCUGGUCUACAACAGCACCGUUCUCAAUUCUGAUUGUACACAUUGUUUGUAUUUUUGUAUGUAUUUAUUUAUUUACGUAUUUAUUUGUUGUCGAAUCUAUUUAUUAAUUUUGUAUUUAUUGAUUUAUUUAUAUUUUAUUUUUAUUUAUAUAUUUAUAAACUCUAAAGAGACUAAAGUAUUUGUUUGUUUGCUUGUUGUGGAUGCGGGA